GCGGCUGGCAGCAAGCAGGGGGCGGACAGUGAUCCGGUGAUGUCAGGCAGAAGGCAGGCAGUGAUCCGGUGACGUCAGGUGACAGGCGGUGCUGCCUGUCUCCCUCCCCCCGCCGUCGGAUAGCGCUGGUCGGGACAUUGGGAGCUUCCGCUUUCCCCUGGAGCCUUGGAGGGGGAGAAAACGCCGAGAAGCCGAAAGCCGCGGCCGCCAGCUGGGUCAAUGUGUGAUUGCUGACACCCCCGGAACAUGGCGAUCCUGAGGCUAGUGUUCCUGCUCUCCUGGGCGGCCAGUUCGGGAGGUCAGUAUGGGAACAAGUUGAAUAAUUAUAUCAGGCAUUAUGAAGGAUUGUCUUACGACACAGACUCCUUACACCAAAAACACCAACGUGCCAAGAGAGCAGUGUCUCAUGAGGAACAAUUUGUACACUUGGAUUUUCAUGCCCAUGGCAGGUUGUUCAACCUUCGGAUGAAGAGGGAUACUUCUCUGUUUUCUCCCGAUUUCAAGCUAGAAAUGGGUGGAGAAACUGUAGAUUAUGAUACCUCUCACAUAUAUACUGGACAGAUCUUUGGGGAACAAGGUACCAUGAGCCAUGGGUCUGUACUGAAUGGAAGGUUUGAAGGAUUUAUUAAAACUCCCCAAGGCACUUUUUACGUGGAGCCAGCGGAAAGAUAUUUUAAGGGUAGAGCGGUUCCGUUUCAUUCAGUCAUGUAUCAUGAGGAAGAUAUCAAGUAUCCUCAUAAAUAUGGAAAUGAAGGAGGAUGUGCAGAUCACUCUGUGUUCGAAAGGAUGAAAUUGUAUCAAAUGUCAGCUCAAAGUGAACCCAGCAAACAGAAACAUUUAGACGAGCAUGAGGGGACUGGCCCAGUCAUUCUUAGGAAGAAACGAGCUGCGCAAGCAGAGAAAAAUACCUGUCAGCUCUACAUCCAGACUGAUCAUCUCUUCUUUAGAAGAUAUGGAGAAACUAGAGAAGCUGUCAUUGCACAGAUAUCCAGCCAUGUAAAAGCGAUUGAUACAAUUUAUCAGUCAACAGAUUUCAUGGGGAUUCGAAACAUUAGCUUCAUGGUGAAGCGCAUUCGGAUUAACACUACAGUUGAUGAGAGAGACCCUUCAAAUCCCUUUCGGUUUCCCAACAUUGGAGUGGAGAAGUUUCUGGAGCUGAAUUCUGAACAGAACCAUGAUGAUUAUUGCUUGGCCUAUGUAUUUACUGAUAGAGAUUUUGAUGACGGUGUCCUUGGACUUGCAUGGGUUGGAGCCCCAUCAGGCAGCUCUGGUGGAAUAUGUGAAAAGAGCAAACUCUACUCUGAUGGAAAGAAAAAGUCCCUGAACACUGGAAUUAUCACAGUUCAGAAUUAUGGCUCCCAUGUGCCUCCCAAAGUUUCUCACAUCACUUUUGCCCAUGAAGUUGGACAUAACUUUGGCUCACCGCAUGACUCUGGCUCUGAAUGCACACCUGGAGAGUCUAAGAAUGUGGGCUUUAAGGAGAAUGGAAAUUUUAUCAUGUAUGCCAGAGCUACAUCUGGGGACAAGCUCAACAACAACAAGUUCUCUAUAUGCAGUGUCCGUAAUAUUAGUCAGGUUUUGGAGAAGAAAAGGAAUUCUUGUUUUGUGGAGUCUGGGCAGCCCAUAUGUGGUAAUGGACUGGUUGAACAAGGAGAGGAGUGUGAUUGCGGGUACAAUGACCAGUGUAAAGAUGAUUGCUGCUAUAAUGCCAACCAGGCAGAAGAUUUGAAGUGCAAGUUAAAACCUGGAAAACGCUGCAGUCCUAGCCAGGGCCCUUGCUGCACAGCAAUGUGCAACUUCAAAGACAGCCAACAAAAGUGUCGUGAUGAGUCAGAUUGCGCAAAGAUGGGAAGUUGCAAUGGUGUUUCUGCACAGUGUCCACCAUCUGAACCUAGAGAAAACUUAACUGAGUGUAACCGCGAAACCCAAGUCUGCAUCAAGGGGCAAUGUGCAGGUUCCAUCUGUGAGAAGUAUGAGCUAGAGGAAUGUACCUGUGCCACUACUGAUGGGAAAGAUGAUAAGGAGCUGUGUCAUGUCUGCUGCAUGGAAAGACUGAAGCCUCACACUUGUGCCAGUACUGGGUCGGAGGUAUGGAGAUCUCACUUCAAGGGAAAAACCAUUACCCUGCAGCCUGGAUCACCAUGCAAUGAAUUCAAAGGAUAUUGUGAUGUGUUCAUGCGAUGCCGACUGGUUGAUGCUGAUGGACCACUGGCCCGGCUGAAAAAGGCUAUUUUCAAUCCUGAACUUUAUGAAAACAUUGCUGAGUGGAUUGUGGCACACUGGUGGGCUGUUCUGCUAAUGGGAAUAGCAUUGAUAAUGUUGAUGGCUGGGUUUAUAAAGAUAUGCAGUGUACAUACUCCAAGUAGCAAUCCCAAAUUGCCGCCACCUAAACCUCUACCAGGCACAUUAAAAAGAAGGCGACCACCCCAAACAACCCAGCAACCUCCGCGGCAGAGACCACGAGAAAGUUACCAAAUGGGACACAUGAGACGUUAGCUGCAGCUUUUUUUGCCUUUGGUUCUUCCUAGUGCCUACCAUGGGAAAGAUUCACUCCAAAGAAAUACCUACAAAUAGUCACUGGUCCACUUAUUAGCAACCAAGAAUUGGAUUGGAACAUGAGGAGGAAGACAAGACCUUACUAUCUUACCCACAAAAGGAGCUCUUUAACUUUUUUCUUUUAACACUCUUUAACAAGAAGCUCCCGAUGAAGAAAUUAACCAGAUUUCUUUUAUAUUUGUCCUUUUUAACCUAAUGGCAUAAAAUAUUAGAAUAUCAUUAUCGCUUUGUUUUUAUGCCCCCUUCCUUUCUUUCUGCUUCUUUAUUGCUUCCAGCGAAAAUUUUUAUUACUGAACCGCUGAACUAAAAUCUGUCUCUCUUUCACUGCCAAUCAAGGCUAGAAAGGUAGAGACCACCUCAGCAUUGGAGAACAUCUCUUGCCAAUGUAAAUACUUUGUUAUAUGCAGACGUGUAAUUAUAAUGUACAAGCUACGUCUAUGUGCAAUUGUAAAAACAAAUAAUUGCAAUAUGGAUACAUUACUUUGUAUUAUAAAUCUCUUUUUUUUUUUUUUUUUCCCACUGUUAUUGAAGACAUUACUGUUUAAGUGACAUACUCAGGAUUACAGAGGAUUUGGUGUAUAAAGGCGACUGAAUAUAUAUAUUUUUAGGGGGAUGCUUUCACAAGUUGUGAAAAGAGAAUCCAUCUGCAUUUUCCUUGCUAAACGUUUUAGGAUCAGAGUUGAUUAAAGUGCUCACGUCAUCUUCCCUGCAACAAGCCUCUAUUCCACAGACUUGAAUGUUCCGCAGGCUGACUACAGAAGUAUGAAACCUACAACCACUAUGGACAUCAAGACUCCUUGUAUUAUAAGUUUACAGUUUUGUUUUUACAAUUAUUCUUUCCAAGUAAUCGGACAUCUUAGACAUUUAGUAAAAUAUAAAAAAAUAAAAAAAAAAGCCUAAUCCAAGAAUUUUACCUAUGAAAUAGGCUCCAUACUAGUAACGUGUAUGAUCUACUGUAUUAGGAGACCGUGUGAUUAGGGUUUGAAGUCCAUUUAUAUCUCGGGGCAACAGCCUGCAGGUAAUGUUCUCAGAAAGAAGCUGUUCAAUGAAUAACCACUAAGAGAGACACAUAAUGAAAUGUAACAUUGUUUAAGUAAAUGUGUGUAAUCCACUGAUUUGGCUUUCUCACUUUACCAGUGUCCGAAGUAACGAUGACGAUGAUCUCUUGUUUUAGCAUGGAGCAAAACUCCUUUAUAAUUUUUUUCAUGCAUCCAUUGCUAUGCAUGUAAUUGUAACGGGCAUUACCAAAAGCCUUCUGAUUUCUUUCAAAUUCCUUCUAAGGACAUCUGUAGCUGUGGUAUUGGCAACAAAAUGGAUGUUCUUGUUGCUUGUCCUAUUCAUUUAUUUCUAUUUUGGCUUUAGACGCUCUUAUUGUCUGAGACUUGCGUAGCAGUCUUUUGUGGCGUAUAGAGCGUUAUUGCUGAAAUAAAAGGUUUACACAUCCAUUCUCAUCAUAACAUGCCAGCAAGGUAUACUACAGAAGAAAAACACAAAAUCUCUUCCUUGUAAAAUUGUACAGUGUGUGCUGAUUUUUUUUCAAAAAAUAAAAAAACAUCUUUUUGUACAACACUUUAGAAACAACUUUUGUACAUGAAAUCCCAGUAUAGUAGAUAGGAGACUAUAAAUAAUUCUGAAACAAUCUUAAAGUAAAACAAAAAAAAUGAAAUAGAAAAAAAAAAUUCUAGUGUAGUUUUCAAAUCGUUUGAAUGCAUUAGUUCUUGAAUGGAUAAAGGUGGGUAAAAGGAUUUGAUUUUGUUACUGGUGGCUUAUUUGUAGCUUUGUCAAUGUGAUCUUUAAAUGUGUACACUUUUUUUUUAUUCAUUUUUCUGUGGUAAGGUUUGGGGAAGAAUGCCCUUUUUAUUUUUGUUUUGAUUUUUUGUUUUUUAAUUGUAAUGUUUGAUGAACAGAGAAAUGCACUGAACCUCCACAGCAAGUCCAGAUGUGGUAAGAAAAACAGAAGAGCGACAAAUGAAAUCUAAUACUACUGUCAAUUUAAUGUCCACUGUGUUUUAUACAGUAUUUUUUUUUUGUUCACUUUUGGAAUUUUUACUAAAAAUUGCAAAAAAUAAAAUAAAAAUUAUUGUGCAACUAUA